CAUGAAACAAUUUUGAAGAUUUAGGUUAUAGUUUGCCGUCGGAAAUUGAGAUUGAUUUUUUUGUUUUGAGAUUAUUUACUGAAAUACUUAAAUGUUUUUGUAAAUGAGAUAUCAAUUAUCUUUGAAAUUGAUUAGUAAUGUUUUAGUUCAUUCUUUGAGAAAGUUUAAUACAACAAAAUCCCUUUACGAAACGAAGAUGAAGGUGUUUACUCAGAAACGGAACCCUAUAACGGGUAGCACGGAAUGGGAUAUGCAAGACGAAGACUAUGAUUAUCAUCAGGAGAUCGCGCGCUCGGCGUUUGCAGACAUGCUGCAUGAUACUGAAAGAAAUAAAAAAUACCAGCGAGCGUUACAACUGGCUAUAGAAAAAAUGCACAAUGAGGGGAAGAAAGCCAACGUUCUAGAUAUUGGUACUGGUACAGGGCUCUUAUCAAUAAUGGCUGCUAGAUGCGGUGCAGACUCCAUAGUUGCGUGUGAAGCAUUUAAACCCAUGGCCGAGUGCUGUUUGAAGAUAUUGCAGCGCAAUGGAGUUGCUGACAAAAUUACACUCAUACCAAAAAGAUCUACAGAAAUAACUGUGGAUGAAGAUGGGGAUAUGAAACAGAAGGCUAACAUAUUAGUUACAGAGGUGUUUGACACGGAACUUAUUGGAGAAGGUGCAUUGUCAACAUUUUCUCAUGCUCAUAAACAUCUUUUGGAUGAGGAUUGUAUAGUGGUGCCCGAUUCCGCAGUGAUAUAUGCACAGGUUGUAGAGUGCUCUACUCUUCAGAAGUGGAAUAAACUUAACGAUUUGGUUGAUGAGGAUCUUGAAGUUAUAUUAAGAACACCGCAAAAGAUGAAAGACUGUGCAGGGUCUGCAGCAGUGCAUGACAUCCAACUAUCACAGUUGCCACGGCAUGCAUUCCGUGAACUCUCGGAUCAGUUGCCAGUGUUCUACUAUGAUUGGUCGGGUAAAACACCAAUAGACAUGAGAAGGACAGUGAAACAACAGUUCACGGUGACUGCUACUGGAAAGGCGCAGAUGGUGUUUAUGUGGUGGGAGUUGAAUAUGGACACUGAAGGCAAAAUCGUCCUAAGCUGCGCACCAUGGUGGACCCAUCCCGACGCUAACACAUCGUCGGACCGUCCGCAAGACAGCGUCCCAUGGCGCGACCACUGGAUGCAAGCCGUCUACUAUCUACCACAAGAUGUGACCGUACAGAAAGAUACCGAAUCCACCUUAAUAUCAUGCCAAGACGAAUACUCCCUUUGGUUCUACUUAGAGAAUGAGAACAAACUGCCACAUUACAAAAGGCCUAUUUGUGAAUGCGGUGUGCACAUGACAUUAUCAAGAACUCAUGUCUCAUACUUGAAUGAUGGUAGACGGAGUAAGAGGUUCCUCAGUCAGUUACGACAAAGCUUGUCUCAAGACGCAGUUGUGUUAGAGUUGAACGGAAGCAGUUUUAUGGGACUGGCUGCUGCCAAGAUGGGAGCAAAGACUGUAUACAUUCUAGAAAAUUUCAAUAUGAAUAUUAGCAUUUUGAAUGACUAUAUCAAAGAGAAUGAAUUAAAUAAUGUAAUUUUAGUGUCGGAAGUGAACGAUGAUAUACUCAAACAGGUCACUAAUGUGGUUUGUGAUCCUAAUUUCUCAAAUGCGAUAUUGCCGUGGGAAAAUUUAAAGAUGGCGUACCUUUUGUACAAAUUUCGCAGUCAAAUGAGGGAAGGUGUGGAGAUAAUUCCACAGAGUUGCGCGUUCUGGGCGAUGCCGGUGGAAUUCCAGGAUCUGCACAAGAUACGCGUGCCGCUGGGCAGGUGUGAAGGCAUCGAAAUGUCGAUAUUUGACGACUUAGUAGAGAGUUCCCGUGUGAUAAGUGACGCGGAGAUCGAACCCCAGCCGCUGUGGGAGUACCCCUGCACGAGCCGCGGCCUGCCUCGGAAACUCAUCGAGAUCAACUUGCACGACUUACGGCCGAAAUACGCCACCGACGGCGUCAAUGUUUUAGAAGAAUCUGACACAUCACGUACGCACGCAAUAAACGGUUUCGCGUUAUGGGCGACGUGGAAUGUCGGUGGGAAAGACAUCAGCACCGGGCCGGUCACGUGGCCGAGUGUGGGCGACAGGGUGGACUGGGACCCUCACACCAGGCAGGGUGUACACAUUUUGAAAAAGACUGUAAGUGCGGAGAGUUCAGACACGUGGAGCUAUCAAGUAGUGUGCGAUUUGGACAAAGGCCAAUUCAAUGUCAGCCUGGAUAUAGCUAAACAAUAAUUUAGUCAAUUUUACAUAUUAUUUACAAACCAUUAUUUGUAUAAACACAUUUGAUGAGUUGUGUUGGAGUAAAAUGUAAUUUGUAAUAUUACAUCGAAUCUGCAUUUAAAUAUUAGAUAUUUACAAUUAUUAUUUUAAUAAAUUUAUGGUUACUGAU